AGUCUUCAACUGAUCGCUCGCGCCGAUGAUUUAAUUUUUAAGUUAAAGCCUGCGCCCAGUGUAGCAGCCAGCCGCGUUACUCACAUCCAUACAUACGUGCGAAUAUACAUGCCUACAUAGUACGGCGUACAUCGAUAAAUAGAUAUACCCCGCAGAUAUAGUGUCUCGAUCGACAGCAACGAACCCCAGAAACCUAAACGAGCGAUCUGCAUUAAAAGAGAGAAGAAUCACACAAAAAGCAAACGAACGAAAAUAACAACGCGAAAGAAAAAAACAAAACGGAAUUGUAAUAAUUGACGAAACGAGCAAAAGCCGAGAACAAGCAGCACAAAGCGACAAACCAAAAAUAGACGAUACCAACGCCGGCAGAACAACAACAACAACAACAGCACCACAAUCAAUUGUGAUCACGGUGCGUGUGUGUGUUUAUCUGUGUGUCUUUGCAUUCGCCGCUGGCACUGUCAAAGUAUCUGUAGUAUCUCUGUAUCUGGAAGUACGCAAUCCAUGACCAUCUAGUAUUCCUGCGUAUUUGGAAUAUCGAGGCGUGGAUCGUCGCUUUGAAAUAUUAAUUAUUUUUGCACACUGCUUAUGGCUCGACUCGGCGCAUGCCAAGCAUUAUUAAACGAGGAACGAAAGAGCGUAUCUACGAAGUAGAUAAAUAUCUUUAUACGAACAACUAAGCUGCAGCCCGCAACCAACAAUCGAAUCGACGAAUACCCAUCUAUAUACUCUAUAGAGUGAGAUAAACAAAAGCUCAAGCGGCAUUGGCAGCAACAACGAAACAAUUUGGAAGAAACAUUUUUGCACUAAAAGACCCGCAAUCUGAAUCUGCAAAACAGGGAACACAUAUCCCUUACAUCGUAUUAAGAAGAGAACUCAAACUCGACAAAGGAAGGAAAGGAAACCAACUAUUGUGAUAUGUACAAAUUUACUCAAAUACUGAAGCCACAUAUUUAGACGUUUAUUCCGCGGAAACCCAGUUGUGAACCGAUUAAACGGAGGAUAAUCCACCAAAGAUUAGGCUUUCAUUGUCAAUUAAGUUUAUUGAAAUAGAGCAGAAGCAGUACUCGAAAGUCGCGAGAUGGCUGAGAAAGUGGAACUGGCCCAGGCCAGCCUGAAUGGCCAACAGAAUGAUCCGCGAAAGGUGCGCAAGUCGCCCGAAUUUCAGCCCGGCGUUAUCUCCCGGGAACGCAGCUUUGUGCGCACCUCGAACCAACAGAAUAUCAACAAACGCAGAAGUCUGGCUUUCAACGUGCCUGGCAAUCAAACCGGACAGAUGAGAGGCAAACCCGCCAUGGAUAUUUACAGACCUCCAAAUGUGCGCGGAGAGCUGGCUGCUCCAGCCGGUGGUGGUGGCGGUGGUGAUGGUACUAGUGGUGUGGCCGGUGGUGUCGCCAACAAGCUGAACGUCAAUGCCCAGGAGUUCACAAUGACAGGCAGCUCCGGGGCACCGGCCGAGGCACUCAGCAAUCGUUCGUCGCUAAUCUUCCCGCCCACCAAUGGUCCCGGCGUAGCUCCGGCUUUGGGUCAGUAUGGAAACGUGAAUCGCCGCCAGGCCGGACUCUCCCUGGGCAACAUGCCGGGUCUGAAGGCCAACCACCAUCGCUCGAUCUUGGUGACGCAUCCAAUCAGUCCCAGUCAACUCGGCGGUCAGCUGCCGCUCAUGAACUCGCCCUCCAGUGGCAAUAUACUGCACACAACGAAUCGUGUGAAGUUUGCUCCCGAGCCCAGAGGUCACAAAAUGGCCAACCAUAAUCAGUUUGGUCAGCUCAACAACAACUAUGGCCAGCCCUACCAGGCAAAUCUUAAUGGAAUCGAUCCAUAUAUGAAUGGUAAUACCUUGCAACGCUCCAAGUCUUUAUCGUCGGCGGAUGCGUUGACUAGGGGAAUGGCUGGUUUGGGCCUGGGUUUGGGCAACGAGGUGGCCGACAUUGGUCAGUUCACGCCAGACAUUCAGGCGCUUAUUGACACGGCUCUGGAGGAUCCUAAUAAACUGAACUCGCGUUGUCUGAUGGAACUGACAUCGCAGUUCAUCAAGCGAGCGGUGGAGAGUCGCCGUUUCGCCCUGCCAAUCUCGCGGUUGUGUCUGAAUAUCAUCGCCCGGGAGCAAAAGGAAACCUUCUUGGAGGCGCUGCUCAACACAUGCCGUCAGUGGUAUCAGGAGCGCGAGAAGCUGCUGUUUGCCAUCCAGGGCAUGAAGUCGCCAUCCCGUGUUCGAUUCACCGCCUUUAUGGCCUUCCUCACGGAGAUGUUCUGCCAGCUGAAGCGCCGACAGAUCCAACUGCGCACCCACCACGAGGGCACUCCUCCGCCGCUGGUGCUGCUCAGUCUGCUGUCCAAAUGUUGCGAGGAUUGCGUGCGUCCACCCAUAAGAUCUCUAUCGGAGAUUGAGUGCCUGUUCUAUGUGCUGACCUGCAUUGGCCAGGAUAUGGAGCAGCAGCUGCCACAGCAACUGGAACUCCUGAUGGGUCUCGUUCGCGAUGCCUUCUUGAAUGCCGGAGAAUCAGCGGCCUCCAUACGGCGCACUCUUCUCCAGCUCAUCGAAUUGAAGGCCUCCCACUGGCAGCUGCCAGGCAAUACGGUUCUCUACUACACACACACUAACAACUAGGUCUUGAAAAUGGGAAAAUAACUCGAACUUGAUCUGGAGCUGGACCUGGACCUAGUACCAGGGCGAAGACUCGGGCACUGUGCAAUCAUUAAGACACCAUCAGCUAUAGAUUCUGUUGUCGCAUUGCAUUUAGGGCCUGGCAAACUUCUGUUCUAUUUAUCUUAUCGUACUCUUACCUAGGCAUAAGCAUUAUUUAUUUCGGCACCAGCAAUAGAGAGAAACUAACCCGAGACUUGCACACUACACACCAAGCCCAGUACCAAAUGAGAUCGGCCGAUUCGAAUCGGUAUCUUCGGUAUCUCUGCUAUAAAAUAAGGCUCAAUUUUUAUGUGAAUCCAUAUAUUUAUGUGUAAUAAAUCACAGCUAGUCAAAAAGUGGA